AUGCUUCGCCAAACUUUCGCCAGAUCUAUUCGCUUCAACUCCACCGUGGCCAAGACCGCUCCUAGAGCUUUGUCCAACGCCUACGUCAACCAAUUGGAGGCCAGAUGGGAGACUUUGCCUCAGGCCGACCAAUCUGCUUUGAUAAAUGACUUGAAGGAGAGAAUGAAGAUCUCUUGGGGUGAGUUGACCCCAGCCGAGAAGAAGGCUGCUUACUACAUCUCUUACGGUGAGUGGGGCCCACGUGCUCCAUUGUACUCUCCAGGUGACAAGUCCAAGGUUUUCUGGGGUACCAUGAUUGGUAUGUUCGCUGGUUUGGUCAUCUUCGUUGGUCUUAAAACUUUCGCAGGCUCUAAGUCCGUGACGAUGAACAGAGAGUGGCACGAGAAGUCCGACGAGUACUUGAAGUCUCAAAACGCCAACCCCUUCACUGGUUACUCGCAAGUGCAGUAA